GCCCGCGCCUCGGCCGUGCCCGCCGGGCCCCUGCACCGCAGCCGGCGCCGCCCGCGGCAGCCCAGCCCGCCUGCUCCACCUCCUCCACCUCCUCCUCCUCUCCCUCCGCCUCCUGCGCCUCCGCCCUCACCUCCUCCCUCUCCGCCGCUGCCGGACACGCAGCCGCAGGCCGGGGCCGGGACGCAGCUGGGGAGUCCGGACGCGCAGCCAGCCCUUCCCCCUCCGGCUCCCGCACCGCCGGCCGCCGCCUCCCCUCGCCCUCCUCUCCCCUCCCUGUUCCUUCGCGGCCUCCUCCUCCUCCUCCUUCUUCACUCCUCCUUCUCGCGGCCCCGGCUGCCAGCAUCAUGUCCGCAGGGGGCGAUUUUGGAAACCCACUGAGAAAAUUCAAGUUGGUGUUCCUGGGGGAGCAGAGCGUCGGGAAGACGUCUCUGAUCACACGGUUCAUGUACGACAGCUUCGACAAUACAUACCAGGCCACCAUAGGGAUUGACUUCUUGUCAAAAACCAUGUAUUUGGAGGAUCGCACGGUGCGACUGCAGCUCUGGGACACAGCUGGCCAGGAGAGGUUCCGCAGCCUGAUCCCCAGCUAUAUCCGGGACUCCACAGUGGCAGUGGUGGUGUAUGACAUCACAAAUCUCAACUCCUUCCAGCAGACCUCAAAGUGGAUCGAUGACGUGCGGACAGAGCGGGGCAGUGAUGUGAUCAUCAUGCUGGUGGGCAACAAGACAGAUCUGGCUGACAAGAGGCAGAUAACCAUCGAGGAAGGCGAGCAGCGUGCCAAAGAGCUAAGCGUUAUGUUCAUUGAGACAAGUGCGAAGACCGGCUACAACGUGAAGCAGCUCUUCCGACGUGUAGCGUCGGCUCUGCCCGGCAUGGAGAACGUCCAGGAGAAAAGCAAAGAAGGGAUGAUUGACAUCAAGCUGGACAAACCCCAGGAGCCCCCGGCCAGCGAGGGCGGCUGCUCCUGCUAAUGUGGGGCCGGUGACCCGCGGCUCCCUCUGACACUGCUCGCUUGUUGUGUUGCUUCCUAUUGGUUAGCUUCCUAAGGGGGGUGGGAAAUGAGUCUAUCCAGAUGGGAGGAUUUUUCUUUUCUCUCUGUCUUUAGGAGUAGGGUGGGAAGGGGGCGGGAGGCCGGGCAUCAGGGAUCACCUCACUCUUAACAGCUGUUACUUAAACAACUAUUUUUUGGUUUGGUUGUAAUAUAUUGUACUUUAUUAAAAUUGCCAAAAACUGUUAAAAUUUAAAAAAAAUUUAAAUCAUGUGUAUACAACUUUUUGC